GUGAUAGUAUAAAAUAACUUGCUUGCAAUUUAGAAAUAGUUAGAGCUACAUGCUCACCAUUGUAGAGUUACAUGCUCACCAUUGUGGAGCUACAAGGUUUUGCUCCACCGAAUGCACUUUUAUAUAUUUGUUUUAUUUUGAUGUAUUUGUUUUAUGUAUUUUUAUUUUUUUUUGGUUUAUUAUUAUUAAUCCCAAUUACAAAAAUAAGUAGCUAACCAUUGUGAAGAUUGUAACUUAGACGUUGUAGCUUAUUUUAACUAAGAAAAUAAUGAUAUGGCAAUUGCUUGCUACAAACGCAUGUAGCUAGCCAUUAUAGAUGCUCUUACAAAAUUAUCCUUAAUUAAAUAGUUAAAUUGACCAUUAUACCCCCUGAUUUACAUAGCUUGUCAAUCAACCCGAUUAAAUAUUUCCUCCCCCAACGGCCCAAACCCCCCCACCCCAAAAAAAAACAAAAAAAAGCCAAAGCAGAUGAAAAAAAAAAAAAAAAAAAAAAAAAAAAAAAAAAAGCAGACGAGAAAGAAAGAGAAAAGUCCCAUUGAUAAUACAAGUUAGAUCUUGUGAAGUUGCAGAGUGCUAAAACCUGCACCUAGUACCCUUUUCCCUUCUCUCUCCUUUGACCAAGAAAGAUGUUAGAGAAGAUUGGAUUACCUCCAAAACCCUCAUUACGGGGUAACACUUGGGUUCUAGAUGCUUCUCAUUGUCAAUCUUGCUCUUCCCAGUUCACUUUCCUCAAUCGCAAGCAUCAUUGUCGAAGAUGUGGAGGAUUGUUUUGCAAUAGUUGCACUCAGAGUCGAAUGGUGUUGCGGGGCCAAGGCGAUUCCCCGGUUCGUGUUUGUGAAGCUUGUAAGAAACUAGAGGAGUCUGCUCGGUUUGAGCUACGGCAUGGACAUAAGAAUCGAGCUGGGAAAGGAUCCUCAAAAGUUGCAUCAAGGAGUGUCGAUGAAGUUAUGAAUGAGAUUUUGAUGAAUGAUGGGAAAGAAUCUGCUAAUAUGGGAUCUGGUAAAGAAAUUGCUAGCCAAGAUGAGGAUGUAGAUCUGCUUGGUAAUGCAUCUAAUGGCAGUAAUAGCGAGAUAGAUUCUGCUACCCCCGAAGAAUUGCGCCAACAAGCUUUGGAUGAAAAGAACAAUUAUAAGACCCUCAAGGGAGAAGGAAAAUCUGCUGAAGCUCUUAAAGCCUUUAAAAGGGCAAAGGAACUUGAGCGUCAAGCAGCUUCUUUGGAACUCCAGUUGAGGAAGAACAGGAAAAAGGCUUUGAAUUCUAGGAGCUCGUCUGAGACACAGAAAAACCAAGGCACGUCUCCUGAAUCAGGUAAAAGAGAUAACUCCACUAAUGUUAAGGAAAAGGAUGAUCUCACAGCAGAACUCAAAGAACUUGGAUGGUCUGAUGUGGAUAUUCAUGGUGCUAGUAAGAACCCUGCCCCAACUAGCUUAGAAGGUGAGCUCUUUAAUCUAAUCCAGGAUUCUGGCGAUAUGAGUCGCACUAAAGUGUCUUCUGGUUUAGACAAGACUCAAGCUAUUGCCCUGAAAAAAAAGGCUCUCAUGCUUAAGCGUGAGGGGAAACUUGCUGAAGCCAAGGAAGAACUAAAGAGAGCAAAAAUAUUAGAGAAGCAACUAGAGGAACAGGAAUUCUUGGCUGAUGCUGAUGAAUCUGAUGAUGAGCUCUCUGCUUUGAUGCGUAGUUUGGAUAAGGAUGAGAAAAAGGAUUUUUCUGCUGGUUUUGAUAUGGAUUCUGCAUUUGACUUGAGUAAUCUCUCAGUCUUCGGUGGUGAUGUCAGUAUUGAUGAGAACUUUGAAGUUACAGACGAUGACAUACACGAUCCAGAAAUGGCUGCUGCCUUGCAAUCGCUAGGUUGGACUGAGGAGCCUACUCAAUUUGAUGACAUUGUGCCCCCGUCCACUUCUGUUGAUAGAAAAGCACUUUCAGACGAGAUCCUUAAGUUGAAAAAAGAAGCUGUAAGCCAGAAACGAUUAGGGAAUAUGGCAGAGGCAAUGUCACUGCUGAAGAGGGCCAAAGCUCUUGAAAAAGACCUAGAAAAGUUCGAUGUUAACACUGACGCACAUGAUUUGAGCGCCGAAAAAGAUCAUGAAUCAGGUGCAUUGCACACUAGAACUUCUAACAUAAUUCCCAAUAACGACAGAAAACCACCGGUGAAGAGUAGAUUCUUGAUUCAGAAGGAGCUUCUGGCACUGAAAAAGAAGGCUCUUGCUUUAAGAAGGGAAGGGAAACUAGAGGAGGCUGAUAAUGAACUGAAGAAAGGAAAAGUCCUUGAGCAGCAACUAGAGGAGAUGGAUAACCCUGCUAGGGUGGACACUCCAUUAAAUGUUGGCUAUGAAGUAUCAGAGCCAGUAGUUGAGCCCCUUGAUUUAUCUUCCUCUCCUGCUCCUGAGGAUGAACACAAUGAUGUGACAGAACAGGAUUUGCAUGAUCCGGCAUAUCUUUCUCUCCUGAAGAACUUAGGUUGGCAGGAUGAAGACAAUGCAAGUAUGAUGCCCUCUGCUGAGGUAUCCAAUAAAAAGGCCGAGGCUUUGGUGGAAAGUAGAGCUAUUGAUACAAUCGGUAAACGAAGAAAGAGUAAAUCUGAGAUUCAGAGGGAGCUCUUAGGUUUAAAGAGGAAGGCUCUGGCCCUCAGACGUCAAGGACAGGAGACUGAGGCUGAAGAAAUGCUUGAAACUGCAAAAAAAUUGGAGGAAGAGUUGGCUGAACUGGAAGCACCAAAAGUAGAGAUAGCUAAUUUCUCUGAACGCCAGGCUGAGGUUGAAGCCGCAAUACAAGGAAAUCUGCCUGAAGAUUCUGAGCCUAUGGAUAUAGGAACUUACCAAACACCUCUCAAAAGACCAGCUGAAGCCAAUGAUUCCUCAGAUAAACGCCAAGUGGUGCAGGCAGCUAUUCAUGGAGCUAACCUUUCCCCAAGUGUUUCGCCAGAAAACCCAAAAAGUCCAGUGCAGCAAGAGAUUCUUUCUCAUAAAAGGAAAGCACUUGCAUUGAAAAAAGAGGGGAAAAUGGCUGAAGCGAAAGAAGAGCUUAGGAAAGCAAAGCAGUUGGAAAGAAAUUUGGAGGAUGGCAAACCCCAGAAUCCUACUGGUCCUGUACCCAUGGAAGUCUCUUCUUCUGUUGUGUCUACUACUAGGGAGGAGCAUAGCACAUUUACUUCCACCCAACCUGAGGAAAGGGAUCCUCCCCGUGUGGCCCCAAAACCAAUGUCCAACCAUGAGCGUUUUAAAUUACAGCGCGAGUGCCUUAAUCACAAACGGAAUGGUUUGAAGCUACGUAGAGAAGGUAGAACUGAAGAAGCAGAUGCUGAACUUGAAAUAGCCAAGAAACUUGAAGCCCAGCUUGAGGAAGUUAGUCCUCCUAAUCCAACCAUUCCCACGUUAAAUGACGAAGGACCCGCUGGUGAUGCUACUGUUGAGGAUCUUUUUGACCCUCAGCUCUUAUCGGCCCUUAAAGCAAUUGGUCUCCAAGAUGAUAACGUUGUCUCACAGACCCCAGUAAAGGCAGAGCUGCCCACAUCAAGCUCCAUUAAGAAUGAGAGUUUCAAUCAAGAGAGAACUCAGCUGGAAGCCCAAAUGAAGGCUGAAAAAGUGAAGGCUCUGAACCUUAAACGCUCUGGUAAGCAAGCUGAGGCACUGGAUGCUCUUCGUCGAUCCAAACAAAUGGAAAAGAAGCUUAAUUCACUGCCUUCAUAACUUCGCAUGUACUCUUGAGGAUAAAUCGGGAUAAAUUUUGGCUAAUUAUACAAGAAUAUGCCAAUUCUGCUUGAAUUGGAUGAUGAUUACUGUAUAGGAUUAAAUUAUUAUUACUGAACCAAGCAAUUCUGUGAAUAUUUUCAUGAACUCAUAGUCUUGGUAUCCUGUGAAGGCUUGUGUUCUCUUGUGUGUAUUCUGAUAGUUUAUAUCACUAUCAUCUGUAAGAUUAUUCUCUGUGAACCUUUUUCUAGUCUGAUGAAAAUCUUUCAUUUCAGCUCCCCGUUACUAAGAGGCUAUCAGUGAAACUUGUUGAUGCUG